AAAAAGGAGACCAGCCAGGGGAACCAGCCAAUGGGGAGCAAGAGUAUAGUUAUAUAUAAAGGCAAAGGCAACAAAAUCAACAAAUCAACAUCGAUGCCGUUUGCUGCUGCCCCGGCUGCUGCCACCCACCACCGUGUGCCACGUCGAGCAAGGCCAGACAGGAGGAAGUUUUCUUUUUUCCCCUUUUUCCUUUCCUUUGUUCAAGGAACGAAUUGUUUCAAGAGUGAACUGGAUAUGGCAAAAAAGCGCCUAACCAAGAAUUUUCCCUCUCUCGAGUUCCCGUAUUAUCCCGGUGGUUUGUAUCCAUAA